AACGGGUCGUUAUCGCUCUACGAAACUACAAUCAAACAAAAUAGAAAAUUUCAAUACCACUAAAAAUGGGAAUAAUUAAUACCUGUCAUCUACAUCCCGAUGUAAAUGGCCAUAUCUUUAAACUACUGAAUAAUAUAUGGGAGCUCUACGAUCAGCAAGACCUCAUAGAUGUAACGUUUAAAUUGUCUAACCCCACUGCUAUGGUUCCAGCACAUCGCUUAAUAUUAUCAGCGGCAUGUCCAUAUUUUAAAGAGUUAUUCAAAAGCGACAAGGGCUUAACUCCUGUUAUUGAAUUAAAUAACGUAGACAGUGACACCUUUGAGCGUUUAUUAACAUUUUGCUACACCGGCAAGACGCUCAUAACCAUCGACAAUGUGGAUGCAACGCUGAAGGCAGCUAUUGUUUUGAAGUUGGAUGACGCGGUGGUCGAUUGUGUUGACUAUAUUUUGGAACAUAUAACAGACUAUACACUGCAGCGGGCAUAUAGCUUAGAGCGUGAAACUCAGUGUGUACCACUGUAUGAGAAACUCUUGGAAUAUGAUAUAAAUAAUUUCAUGGAGGUGAGUCUUAUCGCUUUACCUCAAUGUACUAUCAUUCCACCAGCUUAA